GUUUUCUGGAAUUGCUCAAAGCGGAAAUCGAGAUUACGCACGAUGACGAAAUCGACCGCAUUCGCGCCGGCAGCACGUUCAAACCGGACGAUCUUUUCUCGGUGUCACCUUCCACCAAGAUUGGAGACGCACUGCUCGCGAUUGACAACUGUACGAAAAUUAAGUGCACUUUAAAACCUCUGAUUGCUGAAAAGACAGCCCCUGCGAAUGCUUUUAACAUAUUGAUGACACAAGCGUCGAAUUUGGUUCUUCCGAGCAUGCGGCAAGAGAACAACAGCCGAGCAGUUCUACAUAACAGAGUCGUCGAGUACCUGGCCAAAAAACAAGUCGGAUUCCGAGUGUUUGAAAGGGCUGAAAUGGAUCUCUACAUGAAUGUGAUUGUAGCAACACUCUGGUACAUAGAUGGACAAUGGGAUAAAUUCUCGGCCGCGCCCAAGGUCAAGCCGCUUCCCCCAAGUCUUCAUCUCGUUCCAGUGGGAAAAUCCUGCUACCGCGUACUCCACCACGGUGACCACCGCAAAAAAAGCGCUACCACAAAUGAAGUGUGGAGAACUCAUCAAUUACCACGAGCAGUUGUGCGAACUGGCUUCGAAGCGCUUCAUAAAAGCUGUUUCAUUCGCUGAUGUUUUCAAAGAUGUUUGCCAACUACGAGACGGAAUUGCCAGCUACAUCAAGCAUCUGACUGCACUGCAGCACUUGAUUACAAGUGCGAAAGCAAUUCUACUCAGACGGUAUGUGUCCGAGACGGGAGAUCAUUGAAGCUUAUUCCGCCGAUGAGUGGAACUCCUGACACCAUAACAAGACUGCGGUACAAACAACUCGUCGAUGCAUUGGAAAGGAUUGAUUUGUACAGUGAUGUAAACAUUAUAUUUUUCGCACCUGUUGAAAGGCGAGCCAAGUACAAAUAUGUUGUUGGAUUGGCGUUGAACUUUCCGGUCCAUAUUUACCGAACAUUUAAACCAAACGCAACCUUCGUAUGGAAAACAGAACUAGUGCCGAACGAAAGUUCGGUAGCUAUCGUUCUUGCGCGCAUAGAACAUUAUCUGUCGGAAAGAGUAAGACGAGAUAAGGCCGCUCGACUGAGCGAAAUCUUUGAGGAUCGCACGAACUGGAACUCCGAUAACAUAACGGAUUUUGCUAGUGCAGCAGCUGAUGACGAGGCCGAGGCGUGCCAGGAGUCGCAAAAAGGAUACAAAAUGCUGUUAAGUGAAGGUUUCAGCAUUUCCGAUGCACUGGACAUUGAAAAGGAUGCAAGCAAAUCGUCGAAAGGGAAAUUUGAUCACUUCUGGUCAGCGGCUAAUCACAUUCUGACAAGCAACGACUACGGAGUAGCCGAAGAAAGACGCCAAGAGAAGACAUCGUGGAUCUCACCUUUGUGUGUUUCGUUGAGCGACCUGUACCGGAAAUGUGAAAUGGAAAUGGAUAUUUUAUUUCCUGGUUCAAAUGAAAAUUUUGCUCCAUCGUACGAAUACUUCCGGCUGCAGUUCACGCCGAGAAAUAGUGGUUCCGAGGUGUCCAAGCGAUACUACGGGCGGUUUGACAUAAAAUUUGGCCUACAGAAGCGCACAUUGCAUAAGCAGCACGUUGAUCAGCACUAUGGGGCGAAACAGCUUCAGUUUUUGAAGAUUAUGGCCGGAAAAUUGAGCGAUCACUCGUUGGUCUUCUUUCUAGACGACAAAAGCUCCAUUCCAGUAGGCCUUCAUGGAGCUCCCGUCAGCGCAACCCGACGACAACGAAAAGUCUUAAUGGCCGGUCUAGAUGAGCGCGGAUUAGACGCAAUGGACCAUGAUAACCCUCCGCAGCAUCUGAUUACAUCUGUCUCGAUUAAGCUCGUUCCACCCACUGAUCUGAGUGGCGACUGGUACUCUGGGCAGCCAACCGUAAUUUUCAAGGACGCAAUCUUUCAAAAUUCAAACGCUUUCCGCCAUGCUGCCGAGUUGAUAAAAAAUUUGACGUUGGCCGACUCGUCUCGUCCAUUGAUGUUCAUUGGAACGGAUGGCGGCCCGGAUCAUAAUGUUACGUCAAUCCUGGUUAUGCUGAGCUAUGUUGCGCUUUUCUAGAGCAAGAUCUUGACUUUUUGUGUGCCGUACGAACCCCACCGAACUUAUCUGUUCUGAAUCCAGCAGAGCGUUUCAUGUCAACCGCUAACAUGGCGUUGAUCGGAGUUUCUUUGGCACGUAAUGAUUUAGGACGAAACGAGAAGCGAGUUCGCUCGUUGAUGAGUAAACAACAGUGGCGGAGUGCUCAGGAGCGGCACCCUGAGAUUGAUUACAAGAAACUUGCGCUGGACGGCACGGCGGAUGCCAGAAAUUUGCUGCAAAGUCGUUUCCGAUCCCUGCAGUAUAAAGGAUCGGCCGUACUUGUUGGAGAGGCUGCUGAUACGGAUGAAAUUAACGAGUUGAAAAAGGUGAGUAUUUUAUGAACCCGGCCGUCUAAGUGCGCGCACGCGAUUUUUCUUUGCUCCUCAGACCCGAUUUUGUUCGCGUAUUUUUGUGUGAUUAUCGGCAUUUUUAGUCAAAUUCCGUAAAAGAAUUAUUUGGCUAAUAUAUAGUGCUUGGAGGAAAAUAUAAAUUUCGAGGAAAUACCCACAAAAAAGUGCUUUUUUACAAUUUUCUUUCCCCCUGUGAGAAAUCAACAAUCAUGGCGUCUCUGCUGGCGCUGCGCCCUCCGGCUGGCAGUCAACGAAAAAUGUUUAGUGCAGUGGUGUUGGUGACAUGUGCUUUUUAUCCAAAGAAAAAAAAAACAAGGAAGAAUAAGAAGAAGGAAACAAUCAACAAUCAGAAUAAGCAGUCGGACUAAGCUUGGAAAUUUUAAAAAUCUGUCCGAAAUUCAUAGAAAAAUUUCAUUUUGGUUUAAUUUUUGGCCUGAAAUAACCCGUUAGACUUUAUCUCUUGGAUCGACGCGUAUUUGUCUAUUUUAGUAUGUGUGUUUGCUGGAGCGGUCUUGGUGUUCGUAGUGUCACUGGAGCCGUUUGAGAAUGGGAGCGCAGGUGGCCAGCGGCCAGCGGCUCAAUUGCGCCUGCUAAAAGCAACGGACUGGUCCCGGAAAGGCGCCGUCACUGCUCUGUACACAGGCUGGUUUUGUGUUAGUUCUGUAGUGAAGUGUACUACAACCACUACAACCAAAUCAGAUUUUGGCCUGGUGACAGCAGAUGGAUUCUGCUGCUGGAUGACAGUUGAAGAUUGAAGAGCAGUUUUUGAAAAGGGACAAAUGGGUGCAUGCAGACUUUUUGCAAAACUCGCAGAUUUUUUGUUUGUUUUGGAGCUUGGGUUUGUGCGUGGUGGAUAGUGGAAGGAGGAGAGGGGUUGUGAACAUACACGGAGCUGUGAGGCCAACGACAAGCGGAUUUGUGCGGUGCUGCAAUCGUCGGGCGGUGUGGUCGGGUUGCACCCGAUUUCAAUGCUGCGGCGGCGGAUGUAGAACGGCGAGCAGUCUCCAGUCUUCAAGACCCCGGUGAGCUCGUUCCUUGAUGACAUUUCAAGCAUGUGUGUGUGUGUGUGUGUGUGUGUGUGUGUGUGUGUGUGUGUGUGUGUGUGUGUGUGUGUGUGUGUGUGUGUGUGUAGAAGAAAGAAUCAUGAGUGGGAGAGUAAAG